UUAAAUACAUCUACAUUAGAACAAAACCUUACGGCGGGCAAUGAAAUUCGAAAUAUGGAACAGGAAUGACGCCAACAGGAGUGCUGAUGAGUGUGAAGCGAGAGCAGAACGUAGGAGCCUUGCCUUCCAACGUCAUAUUCAAUUGCAAUAACUAACUACGAAAAUAGUUAGAAUAAUUCGAAAUGUCGAUGAGGCUAAACGACGAAGCCAUGCGGCAGUUUCGGGUGGGCGGUCUCUUCAAGGACUCGGAGGACCUCAAGCUCAGCCUGGACUUCUCGUUUGACGGCAAGCGCCUGCUCGUGUGCGACCACUCCGUUCUCUCUAUUAUCAAUACCACUUGCCAGGUCGUUCUCAGCCAGGUAAACAUGCACCGCUACCGUCCUGAUGUCGCCUGCUUCACGCAUCGGGAUUCCCGUAUUCUGCACUCCACCUCCAAGAAUAACUUUUCCAUUCGCUACUUGGACCUGAAAACCCAUGGAUGUAUUUGCCGAUUUCGUGGGCACAAAAAAAAUAUUCGGUCCCUGGCCACCCAGCCCGAACAUGCGAAUAUGUUCCUCAGCUCCGGAGAGGAUGACCAGGUGUACGUGUGGGACCUCCGAUCCUCGAAGCACACCUUCCACUUUACAAAGCUGCACAGGCCGCUGUGUGCCUUCAGCCCAACGGGCUCCCUACUAGCCACUACGGACUCCAAUCAGCUCUUCAUCUACGACGUAAGGAAGUUGGGUAAGAUCCCGUGCUCGACCUACUGUUACUCUGCCAAGGACAAGGCCGCUUGGACUCAACUGCAGUUUUCGCCGGACGGAAAGACACUUCUAAUUUCUACGGAUAACUCCUGGUGCUUCAGUGUGAGUGCCUUCGAUGGAUCCUUUCAGCAGUCCUUCACAGGAUACUCGAACGAACAGCGACUGCCGCUGGAAGCGACAUAUUCGCCAGACUCACAGUUCAUCCUUUCCGGUGCGGAUGCCGGGAGGAUCCACGUUUGGCGGGCUGCCGAUGGCAAACCCGUGGCAGUGCUCGAGGGAAACAAUGUUGGACCUGUGAAGUGCCUCAGAUUCAAUCCGCGAGCCACAAUGUUUGUUAGCAGCGACGUCCUUGUGGCCUUCUGGAUGCCCAUGGCGAAUGGGACCUACGAUUGGGUCGAACCUUUGGAGUCAUCGCCACCGAAUGUCAGCAAAGGCGAAAAAAAAGACGAGCCAGAGGAUGGUGGUAAACAUGAGUUAGCAGCGGGGGGACAGGAUCCUCCAAAAGACGACCAUCCGGUUCCCAAAGCUAUAGCCUUGCCUGCCCCACUAAUAGACUGGGAGAAGCUUAGGAGGAAGUACAGCUCCAGUAAUUGGCGUGAUGCGAAAAGGGUUUGCAAUGAGGAGCCACUGGCUGUUGUAGUAGAAAAGAAGGCUGGUCCUGAGCUGGAGGAGGGCGAGAUUCGAGAAGUGUAGUGUAGCAUCGUACUGUUUUUGUAUCCCAUUCCAACUUGUAUUACUCACAAGAAUCUGAGAAGCCAUUUCGAUUAUUAAAAUAGAAAAAAAUAAAUAUGCUUGAGCGU